GAGAGAGCCAUUUUGGCUGUUAAUGAGAGUUAGAACUGAGGUAAAGAGAGCCAACGUGUGAUAGCCACGCUGUAAGUUUUGAAUGUUUUCUGGGCAGGCCCCAGCAGGGGCGGAGAAGUUUUGGAUACCCUCCAAUUUUUUUCCCCAAAGAAAACUGCCUAUUCGGCCAACUCCUGUCCCUUGGCCCUGCUCCACUGCUCCCUGAGUUGCUCUGCCAAGCCCCUGCCCCUUGGACAAGCGCUGACCCUCAGUCCGCCGGGAGGUGCCAGAGAGGGAGUGUCAUAGCCGCCCUGGGCCCUCCACAGCUGGACGUCCCACUGACUGGCCGUGCCCAUCCCCCGCAGAAGGGGCCUGGAGGAGGGGGAGGAGAUGGCCCCUGUGUUCCUGGUGGCCAGCGCCCACCAGGGCUCCGUGACAUUUGGGGAUGUGGCUGUGGACUUCUCCUGGGACGAGUGGGGGCACCUGAACCCUGCUCAGAAGGAGCUGUACCGGGAGGUGAUGCUGGAGAACUAUGGGAACCUGGUGUGCCUGGGACUUGAAGUUUCCAAACCUCGUGUGAUCGAGCAGUUGGAGCGAAGGGAAGUGCCUUGGAUGCCAGGGGAAGGUGCCCCAAGGAGUUGUGGUCCAGAUUGGGAGGCUAAGCCUGAAGUCAAAGGGUCAUCUCUGAAAUUUGGCCUUUCUGGGGAAAAAUUGUCUGAGGAAAUGCUCCUGAAAGUUGGCAAUUGUGUCUUCAAAUCAAGAGAAACCCACAAAUUUGGUGCCAGGUCAGAAAGGCAGCAGAGUGAUGAGGAAAAUCCUUUUCAGUCCACAACAUUCAUCCAGAAGAAGCCUCUCCAUAGAGUAGGAGACACUAAAUGCAACAAAUGUGGUAGAAGCUCCAAUCUAGGGCUGAGCCUUUUCCCACAACCAGGAGGUGUAAGUGUGAAGAGUCUCCAUGAAUGUGACACAAAUCAAACGCCCUUUACUGUGUGUUCAGAUCUUCCACAAUAUAAUAGAACUUGCUCAGAGGAGAUAUUUUCUAAUUAUCAUGAAUUUGGAGAUUCCUUUAAUUAUGAUUCAGACAUAAAUGAAAAUAGAUUGCAUUCUAAAAGGAAACCUCAUGAAUGUAGUGAAUGUGGGAAGGCCUUCCACCUGACCUUGCAGCUUACACAACACCAAUGCACAAUGUAUACACAAAGGAACAUGUUGAGCUCAUCCAGAAACUUUACUGUCCACCAGAGAAUUCACAUUGGAGAGACACCAUAUAAAUGUAAGGAAUGUGGGAAGGCAUUCAGUCAGAGCAGAAACCUCACUCUCCAUCGGAAAAGUCACACUAGAGAGAAACAAUAUGAAUGUAAGGAAUGUGGGAGUUUUUUCCGCCGGAGUGCAUACCUUAAUCAACAUCAGAGAAUUCAUACUAGAGAGAAACAUUAUCGAUGUAAUGAAUGUGGGAAGUUCUUCAAACAGAAGGGAUCUCUCGUUGUACAUGAGAGGAGUCAUACUGGAGAGAAACCAUAUGAAUGUAAGGAAUGUGGGAAGUUCUUCAAACAGAGGGCACAUCUUAUUUUACAUGAGAGGAGUCAUACUGGAGAGAAACCAUAUGAAUGUAAGGAAUGUGGGAAGUUCUUCAAACAGAGGACAUAUCUUAUUGUACAUGAGAAGAGUCAUACUGGAGAGAAACCAUAUGAAUGUAAGGAAUGUGGGAAGGCAUUCAGUAAGAGUAUGAACCUUUCUCGCCAUCGAAAAAUUCACACUGGAGAGAAACAAUAUGAAUGUAAGGAAUGUGGGAAGUUUUUCCGCCGGAGUGCACACCUUAAUCAACAUCAGAGAAUUCAUACUAGAGAGAAACCUUAUCAAUGUAAUGAAUGUGGGAAGUUCUUCAAACACAAGGGCUAUCUUAUUGUACAUGAGAGGAGUCAUACUGGAGAGAAACCAUAUGAAUGUAAGGAAUGUGGGAAAGCAUUCAGUAAGAGUAAGAACCUUUCUGUCCAUCAAAAAAUUCACACUGGAGAGAAACAAUAUGAAUGUGAGGAAUGUGGGAAGUUUUUCUGCCGGAGUGCACACCUUAAUCAACAUCAGAGAAUUCAUACUACGGAGAAACCUUAUCAAUGUAAUGAAUGUGGAAAGUUCUUCAAACAGAAGGGAUAUCUCAUGGUACAUGAGAGGAGUCAUGUUGGAAAAAAACAAUAUGAAUGUGAGGAAUGUGGGAAGUUUUUCCGCCAGAGGGCACACCGUGAUCAACAUCAGAGAAUUCAUACUAGAGAGAAACCUUAUCAAUGUAAUGAAUGUGGGAAGUUCUUCAAACAGAAGGGAUAUCUUAUUGUACAUGAGAGGAGUCAUACUGGAGAGAAACCAUAUGAAUGUAAGGAAUGUGGGAAGUUCUUUCGACAGAAAGCACAUAUUAUUGUACAUCAGAGGAGUCAUAGUGGAGAGAGGCCUUAUGAAUGUAAUGAAUGUGGCAAGUUCUUCCACCGCGGUACACAUCUUAGGCUUCAUCAGAGAAUUCACACUAGAGAGAAGCCAUAGAAAUGUACUGAAUGUGGAAAGGUCUUUAGCUAUAGCAAUACACUUAGUCUUCUUCAGAGAAUUCACACUAGAGAGAAACCAUAGAAAUAUACAGAAUGUGGGAAGGACUUCAGUGACUGGUCAAACCUUAUUCAGCAUCAGAGAAUUCAUCCUGGAGAAAAACCUUAUGAAUGUAAGGAAUGUGGGAAAUUCUUCCGACAGAAGUCAAAUAUUAUUGUACAUCAGAGGAAUCAUACUGGAGAGAAAGCCUUAUGAAUGUAAUGAAUGUGGGAAGGACUUCAGUGACUGGUCAAGCCUUAUUCAGCAUCAGAGAUUUCAUACUGGAGAGAAACCUUAUUACUGUAAUGAAUGUGAGAAGGCCUUCUGUCACAGUGGAGAUCUUACUCUGCACAAGAAAUUUCACACUGGAGCAAAAUCAUAUGUUUAUAAUGAAUGUGGGAAGACUUUUCACCAGAUCUCAUCCCUCAUUCAACAUCAAAGAAUUCACAAUGGAGAAAAACGAUAUGAAUGUAACGAAUGUGGGAAGUUUUUCGACCAGAGUUCACACCUUAUUUGACAUCAGAGAAUUCAUACUGGAGAAAAAAGCCCUAUGAGUGUAUUGAAUGUGGUAAGGCCUUCUGUCAGAGCUCAUACCUUACUAGACAUCAGGUAACUCAUACAAGGGGGAAAUCUUAUCAAUGAAAUGAAUAUGAGAAGAACUUUAGUUGCAGCCAAAACCUUAUCCUCCAUCAGACAAGCCACACUGAAGAGAAAUCAUAUGAAUAUGAUGAAUGUGAGAAGUUUAUCAGAGUACACACUUUAUUCAACAUCACAGAUACCAUGCUGGAAAGAAAACAUAUGAAUGUAUUGAAUAUGGGAAAACCAGCCAGAGCUCAGGCCUUAUUCAACAUCAGAGAAUGACUACUAGGGAGAAACUCUAUAAAUGUAAUAACUGUGAGGAGACAUUCCUGAGUGAGAUGAGUACUUAUUCAUUCAACCAUAUAUCCAUUUUAGUGGAAACCUUAUCAAGGUAAUGAAUGAGUUCAUAUGUUUUGUCAGAAUAUAUACCUUUCCCUCAGAAAGUUCACACUAAAAUUUACACUUCACCUUAUAAAGGUAAUAGAUGUAGGAAAGCCUUUUGACUCAUCAUCAGAGACAGGAAUGUAACUGAAAAUUUUAGACCAUGACACUGACUACUUUGUGUUUAGUUAAAUAUGAAUAAAGUUUAAAAUACCCACA